AGAGUCAUUUUUUUUCCUGGUUCGGUUGGAACACGCCCCAUAAUCACAGCCCAAUGGAGCGGUUUCAGACUCAUAUUCUGACUAGAAUCUCAGUAUGACCACGUCAGGCUAGCAAUUUGCAAUUUAUGAACUUAAAUACUUAUACUCUUUAUUCUCACUAGAGCUCUUUGUUUUCCUUGCAACUGUCUUGUGUAAUGCAGGUGCAUAAGUAAACUGACGAAGACUUUUUUUGCCAGACUUACAAGAUAAUCAUUAACACACCUUUUGGUCGUACAGGAGAGUGUUCAGGCCAGUUUAGAUGAUCUGGAUUCGAGUGGUAUGUUGAGAUAUCUGUCAAUAGAGCAUCUACUGUAUUUUGCGUCACUUGUCUUUCAUUUUGCAGUGAAACUACUUCUUAAACGGUUUCCCAAUAGAACAGCUGAUCCCUUACAGCAUUAAAUGCACACUGAGAGGUUACAUAACUGGGCAUUCUUUUGAAAUAUAACUACAUACCACUGUUGUUCCACAGAAGGGGUGCUUAGGUGCUUUGGUUCAAAGCGUUCAAAGUCACCAUGAAAACAUGGCAUAGUUUGUAGCCGAUUAUGCUUCUCUGCUCUUUCUCAGUAUGUAAAAGGCAAACAGAAUGUAUAGUAGAUAACAAUAACAAAUAAUGAGAAAUAGACUCUGACUUUUAAGAUUUUUACCUGUUGAUUUUUAAGAGUUGUAUUAAAGUAAAACGGCAAGACUCUUACUGAUUAUCAGCAUUACUGGUUAGACCUAGAUUAUUAUCCAGUUUAAAAAUCAGAUGCAUGAACCCUUUGUUGAUAAUGUGACGUCACGUCCUCACAUAUAGGGGGUGAGUUAUGCAAAAGUUAAAGCAACGGUAUGAAACUUUUGGAAGAAAAGAUAACAUUAUUUCUCCUACAAAUUAAAAAUGUAAUCAAUUAGCAAUAAAACGCAGCACGUCCCAUUCCACUUGAUUUGUGCCAGAUUGCCUAAUGAUGAUGUCUUUAAAGAAACUGACAAAAGAAUAUUGGAAAAUGAAGGGAAAAUGAACGUGCCUUUAUCUUGCAAUUGCCUCUUUUUGCUGCUGUUUAGCAAAAAUUACAAACGGGUAAGUGCAAGUGGAAAACUUGUGAUAUUUGUUGUAUAAAUAAAAAAUAAAAAUAAAAAAAACUAGCAUUGUCAAUGGAUGAAAUAGCAAAACUAACUUUGCAGCAAUGUUGUAUAACGUGCUCAAUAUAUGGGCAGAAAGGACAUCCCUUCGAGCUGGCAGUAGAUGUUGGUUGCGGCUCAGGACAGGGAACAGUGCUGCUGGCCAAACACUUUGCCUCGGUGGUGGGGACAGACGUUAGUCCUGCCCAGGUGGAAGUGGCUUUGGAGCAUGCUAAAGAGCCAAACAUCACAUAUAGACAGUGUGUGGCCGAGGAGCUGCCAUUUGCUGACAGCUCGGUGGACUUGGUGACAGCCAUGUCUGCCUUCCACUGGUUCGACCGACCACGUUUUCUCCAGGAGGCCCACAGGGUCCUGAAGCCCAACGGCUGCUUGGCUCUGCUCAACUACACCAUUAACAUGGAGCUCAGCUACCCGGACUGCUGCUCACAUACACUCAACCAAGUCUGCAAAGAGUUUUAUGCAGCCUUGCAGCCUUACCGUAGUCCCCACCUUGGUGCCAGCUCUAUGGAGUUAUACCGGGAGGCCUAUGAAUCCAUCCCUUACCCUGACAAGGACUGGCAAGAGUGUGUGUGGGUGAAAAGACCCAUGCCUCUGUCCAGCUACAUAGGGUUGGUGGAGUCUUUCUCGAGCUAUCAGGCUCUGCUGAGAGAGGACCCGCAGAAAGCCACCGCACUCUCCCGGGACAUCUGUCAAAGGUUGAUGUCCUUAAUGAGGGUGACCUCUGUGGAGACAGAGGUAACGGUGGCUGUGAAGUAUUUUUACCUUCUGGCCUGCAAACCCCAGGAAGCCUGACUACUGCCAGCACAGGAACGUGUGCUAUACCUUCC